CUCUGAUACAAUCAUCUCACUGAGCUGUCGUGCACGUGCAUGUGUGUUGGGGGGGGGGACGUGUAUGUGUGUCUGCCUCUCCACGCCCCCCAUCUUUCAUCCCAGUCCUCCCAUAGGUUCGGUUCAAAGCACGCACCAAAAUGCCCAGCAAGAGGAAGAAGAACAAGCGUCGCAUGAGGAGGGUGCAGGCCCAGAGGAGAGCCCUCGAAGAGCAGCAUGCAUCCAACCCACCAGUCAAGGCAACCCCCGGGAUUGCAGUGAGUGCGCCCCCUGGAGCAACCCCAAAGAAAGCGACUAAAACUCCAGCACCAAAAAAGAUUCCAGCGGCCGUUCCCAUUGCCGUCCCCAUUGUGGAGACUCCAAAAGUAGAACUAAAACCAGUUGUGAAAGAACCUGUCGCAGUGCCUGUCCCAGUCAGAGUAGAGGCACCAGAACCAGAGCCUGUAGUGUUGGAACAGACACCAGCAGAAGUCAAGGUUGAAGUCCCAGCCCCGGUCACUGAAGCAGCACCAGUCGUUGAGUCUCCACCAGUGGAGUCCACUGUAGUUGAAGCUGAGAUAGUACAGGAGGCUGAACCUAUCAUUCCUGAAACAGAACCAGUACCUGAGGUCAUACCCCCAGCUGAGGCUCCAGUGGAGGCUCCUGCUGGGACUGAGAUUCAGACAGAGGAGACCUUAAUCAUAACCACAGAGACUGAACAGACGCAUAAUGUCUGCGAGCCAGAGACUGAAUUGGAGGCUGAGGCUGCGGCAGAGGAAGACACAGCCGUUGAGGCUGAGGUGGAGAUGGCCGUCACAGAAGCCAUUGAAGAACCAGUGGUAGAAGCACAGACUAGCGACCAGGUUUCCGCUGAAGCAGAACCUGCUGCAGAUGAAGACGCAGAUGCUGCAGUUGAUGCAGAUGUUGCAGACACUGUAGAUGCUGCAGUUGAUGCAGAUGAUGCAGAUACUGUAGAUGCUGCAGUUGAUGCAGAUACUGUGGAUGCUGCAGUUGAUGCAGAUGUUGCAGAUACUGUAGAUGCUGCAGUUGAUGCAGAUGCUGCAGAUGAGGUGGUUGCAGAAACAGCAGUGGAAUCAGUGGAGAAGGCUGCAGAUGAGGUGGUUGCAGAAACAGCAGUGGAAUCAGUGGAGAAGGCUGCAGAUGAGGCAGUUGCAGAAACAGCGGUGGAAUCAGUGGAGAAGGCUGCAGAUGAAGUGGUUACGGAAGCAGCAGUGGAAUCAGUGGCGGAGGCUGCAGAUGAAGUGGUUACGGAAGCAGCAGUGGAAUCAGUGGCGGAGGCUGCAGAUGAGGUGGUUGCAGAAGCAGUGGUGGAAUCCGUGGAGAAGGCUGCAGAUGAGGUGGUUAUGGAAACAGUGGUGGAAUCAGUGGUGGAGGUUGUCACAGAGGUACCUGAGCCAGAACAGGUGACUGAACCCAUUGUCAGUCCUGCAUCCCCGGAAGAGGAUGACGCUGAAGUAGAAGUGUUGGCUGAAGAGGCGACUGAAGUCCCAGCUGAGCCUGUUACAAUGACAGAGGAUGCUCAAGUCCAAUCUGUGGAAAUCCCAGAGGUGCCAGUCGCCGUCCCUGAGGCUCCGGUUGUAGAGAAUAGUAUAGAAGUCCCUGUAACUGAAGUCAAAGAGGCUCCUGCCACCCUGGAGACUGCCGACAGCCUAGUCGAUGACUUUGUUGUCACAGAAUCUGCCUCUGCAGUGGAGGUUGCCAUUGCUGAGUCUGCUGCUGUCAAGCCGGAAAUUGUUGAAAUUAGUGACACCAUCAACAGCCAAUCAGAAUCUAUGGAUGUGACACCCGCUGAGUCUGAGCCUGCCCCUGUCCCUGCUCCUGUCCCUGUCCCUGCAGAGGAAAUUGUCAUUGAUGCCACUGCUGAGCAGAAAUGUCUGGAUGUGCUGUCAGAAGAGCCUAAGUCAGAAAUCUGUGACAUGCCGUGUCAGAUGCAGCUUGCUGUGGAGUCUGUGGAGAUGUCAGUGGAGGCAUCGCUGAAUGGACACAUUGUUCCAGAGGUCUCCAUUGAGGGCUAGAUGCAUAUCACACAGCUUGGAAGACCUUUUCUAUUCCCCUUUGGUCAUUUGGAGGACUCAAAGCUUUACAGGGAGUCAACCAGCUGGCAUUUUAAAUUUUUUAGGGCUUAUGACAGAACCGCCAGGAAAUUGAAGGGACAUCCACACUUUGAAGUGCCUUUUCCGGCCGUUGUUCCUGUCAAAACACCAAACCAGAUGUCAACACACCAAAACUGAUGCAUUCAAGGCAGCACAACAGACUGUUGUCAUACGUGUGUGGAAAUGGAAACAAACAUAUUGUUGCUCUUUUUUUUGUGUUUCUCCCACAAAGCACAUACAGUGAAUUUGCAUUAGCAGUGGAAGUGGAAGUGCUCAAGAGAUGGAGGUUCCUAAAACAAGAUAAAUGGCAGCGCCUGAUAUUUCUUGGCAUGUUCCCAUCUCUCCAGAACAUCUGCUUCCAUGCUGCAUACACUCAGUGCAUGUGAAUUCUGUAGCACUGAUACAUUUUGCUAUAGUUUGUACUUGAGUCUAUGUUCAUAUGAGUGGGAGGGACAACAUUUCAGAAUCACAGAUUUUGCGCACCAGACCAUUUUUACUCUCAAAGAGACACGUCUGCUAACUUCCACCUUCGCCUUAAUUUCUGUCCCCUUCUCUGUCCUCCAGUUCUCCUCUCUGCCUCAACUAUGUGUCAAUUCUAAGGUUAGUGUGAUGCUAAAACACGGUUCUGGAUUUUAUGGCUGCUGCAGCCUGGAGUUUGAGGGGACAAACUGAGAGGUCAUUUUCCGUUUCUUUUUUUCUCACUUUCUCCUUUUUUAAAUCCAUUUUGUAUAGACCAUAUGAUGUGUUACAGUUUUGUGUUCAAAGCCUGUGCUCUGGAGGGAAAAUGUAAUGUGAUCUGUUCAUGUGGAUCUCUGUUGGGCUGAUUUGAUCCACCUUUGAAAUAAAGCUGUAUCUCAUCGUGAUAAA